UAUAAGAGCAACGACACGCAAUUGUUUGUAAACCCUAUGUGGAAGGAACCUUUGCUUCAAGUGGUACUGACAAAAUUCCCAGUUACAUCCGUGGUGUUGCCUAUCAGCGUGAGUUUCCGUCGUCCGUACUAUCAUUAACAUAAUGCAUAGGCUGAUUCGUUGCAGAGGAGUAUUCUGGCUCCGAUUCGUCCGCCAGCAGCUUCAAGGACCCUCUGGCCGACGCCGAUGCUUGCAAGCGUGAUGUUCCAUACCUUGAAAAGCUGGGCACCAAUGCCAUUCGUGUCUAUGCUAUCGACCCUUCGUCAGAUCAUAAGGAGUGCAUGAGCCUUCUCAGCGAUGCUGGCAUUUACGUCAUUGCGGAUCUAUCCUCCCCAGGUGAAUCGAUCAAUCGCAACGAACCCAAGUGGGAUAACGACCUGUACAACAGAUACGUGACAGUGGUUGAUGAGCUGUCACAAUACUCUAAUGUCAUUGGGUUCUUCGCCGGAAAUGAGGUCUCCAACAGUGAGAAUACCACGGCUGCUAGUGCCUUCGUCAAGGCCGCUGUUCGUGAUACAAAGCAGUAUAUUAAGGCCAAGAAUUAUCGUCCAAUGGGUGUUGGUUACGCGACUAGCGAUGACUCGAGCAUCCGUAAAAAUAUGGCCAACUAUUUUAACUGUAACAGUGCCGAUGAUAGUAUCGACUUCUGGGGCUACAACGUAUACUCCUGGUGCGGCGACUCCAACUAUGAGAAGUCUGGAUACAAAUCUCGUACUGAAGAAUUCAAAGACUAUACCGUCCCUGUGUUCUUUGCUGAGUACGGCUGCAAUGCAGUCCAACCUCGCAAGUUCACCGAAGUCAAGGCACUCUAUGGAGACCAAAUGGCUGAUGUCUGGUCUGGGGGUAUUGUGUACAUGUACUUCCAGGAAGAUAACAACUAUGGUCUGGUGUCUGUUGAUGGCAACAAGGUUAGCACCAAGGCGGACUUCAGCUACCUUUCCAAGGAGUUGGCCAGCGCCACCCCAUCAGGCACCAAGAAGGGCGAGUAUAAGCCAUCAAACACGGCUCUUCAGUCUUGUCCCACUGUUGACGGCAAGUGGCUCGCAACAUCCAGCCCGCUGCCUCCCUCCCCGAACCAAGACCUCUGCUCCUGCAUGGAACAGAGUUUGACCUGCUCUCUGAAGGACAAGGUAUCUGGCGAGAAGCUGGAUAAGCUAUUUGGAACCGUUUGCGGUUACGAUGUCUGCGAUGGAAUCACCACCAACGCCACCACCGGUAAAUAUGGCGCUUACAGUGUAUGUACGCCUCAGCAGCAGCUGUCCUAUGCCAUAAACCUGUACUACGAGCAGCAGAAGUCGAAAGGCAAUGGCGAUAAUGCUUGUGACUUCGACGGAUCUGCCACCACCAAGAGCGCUAAGAGCGGCGGAAGUGCUUGCUCUGCUCUCCUCAAGGAGGCCGGUACUUCUGGCACUGGCACUGUCACUUCCUCUCCCACAGGUACUGCUGGCUCCGGCGCCUCCGGUGCCGCUGCGUCUAGCUCCGGGGCUGCUGGUGGUAUGAUUACUCCUUCUGCCGUCAACGUCGGUGUCUUUCAGCUUGGUGCGUACGUGGUUACGGCUAUGGUUGCCGGCGCCGGCAUGAUCGUCCUGUAAGGCACGUUCAUUCCUUCUCUCCUGGCAGUGGGACUCUAGCCCUACGUGGCCGGCUACCUUUGCUGCGUGCCUCUGUGACUUGCAGUACUCUUUUUGUAUGUCCUCGGCAGUAAAACUUCCUUUCUCAAUGGGAUCUUUAUAUUGAACUUAUAUAGUGCUUGGGGUGUAGGGCAUUUGCCUUUUCCAUUCUCGAGGUCAUCCAUAGUUGUGGAUUGAAUUGUGUAGUAGCGGCCUGCCUUGGGGUUGGGUAGUGCUGCUGGAAACUUUUGCGGUCGUUUUCUCUUUUCUAUUCUUGUUUCGCCUGAGAUCCCUAUAUUUCUAGACCGGGAUGUGUUUGUUGUCCGGUACUUACUAGAUGGGCGCGCAGUAACUCUGUCCCUGGUCAUGAGACGUAUGGGUAGGCGCCAAAUCUACCCAUGGGCUGGGCCUGUACGGCUCCCAGUCCACACAUUUCUAAUUCAGGACUCAAAUAUUCUAGAUCAGACCAUGUUCAAUAAGCCUAGGGGAUGGGGACACAAUCAAGGUAGUUAGUGUACAGCUUGUUUUGGCUGUUUGGAUUCGUUGCUAUAGGACUUGGGGUGGUACAUGGGUCGCCUCGGAGGAGCUACUUUGUUUUCGGUGCUUCUUGGCUGCAUAUGCAUAACGUAUCCAACGAUAUGGGGGCGUCUCAGGGACUGUUGUGAUUACUCCAAUAUUGGCACACCCAAUAUAAAUAUAUAGCACGGUUACAUGGGACCACCGCGAAAUGUG